GAUUACUUAAUUUACACCUAUCCAUUUUUUAAGAUUUUAUAAUGCUUUGUUUUAAUAAGAAACAUAAGGAUAAAAAUUUGGAACCUACAGACUUUAAUAUUAUCAGCGAUUUAGCAAAUAUAUUAAAAAGCAAAGGCUAUGAGCUAUUCCGUGAAAACUCUUUUAUUUCUUUGACUACCUUAAUGCUUACUAAGAUAAAUCAAGAGUUAGCUUUGCUAACACAAGAGAAAUUAGAUCCAGGGAAUCAACUACUUUUUAAAAUAAAUCAAGAUUUUAUUAAUGAUCUUUAUUACCUUAUGGAUGUAUUCUAUUUUGCUCCAUCUUUAAAACUUACUCACGACCUUUUGAAUACUAUACCUGCAAAAAUUGACUUGACUCAUUUUAAAAAUCUAAUCACACUGGAACUAUAUAAUGUUCCCACUCAUCUUAUUGUAAAUGCUCAUCAUCUUAAAUACAAAUUGCAAACUUUUGCCAUCAACAAAUCUACAUACGAUUUUAAAGAAUUAUUAAUUUCAUUAGAGGAAAAGCAUAUAUCCCCAAACAAGAAUGUUGACAUUGAUUUCGAAAAAUGUGCAGAUGAUGCAAUAUUUCAUGAUUCUGGUAAUUAUGAUUGGCCUAUGCUUAAAAAGCUUAUUGUUAGGCAUGAUAACUUAAAACAUGUGUAUCUUAAAGAUUUAGUGAAUAUAAAGAAUCCUAACAUUUUCUCUCAACUCACCCACUUAGACUUUAGCAAUCAGAGUUUAACCACUUCAAAGAAUUUUUUAGAGUAUAUACCAAAAUUGAGGCAUGUCAAUCUGGGCUUCAAUCAACUCAGGGACAUUCCAACCUUCCAUACAUUAGCGUCAUCAUCACUUAAGAAACUUAUCUUGAGAAAUAAUAAGCUCGAAUCAUUGGAAGGAGUCCAGGUUUUAUCUCAACUCUCCAUUUUAGACGUAUCGAACAACGUUAUCUGUUUCCACAACUCGCUGGUCCCCUUGAAACAAUCGACCCAUUUGAAAUUGUUGAAAACGUCAGGAAACCCUAUAUGCCUUCAUCCCUGCCAUCGCCAAUUGGUCGCGGCCAAUAUUCACGCCGACGCCCUCGUGAGGCAAUUCAUCUUGGACACGGAAAUCGUGACGAAAGAUCACCUGAUCUCUUAUUUCCGUUCACCUAAUCACCCGAUUAAACGAUCCUUCAUACGUAAAUCCAUACCGGUCAUAACGGCCGAAGUUUAUGUACCCGCUCCUCAAAUAAUUACGACGACCCCUUCCAACAAGGUAAAACAACCGCUAAAAAUACGGGCUAAAAGACCUUCGGUCAGGGAGAUCUCCGAGCAAAGUUGCGAGAACUCCUUGUGCCAUUUGAGCGUGGUCGAUACCGCUUUAAGGUCGGAAGACGAGAGCGCCGCGUUUAGGAGUAUUAAUAACACCGCCAAUUCCACUCCAAAACCAAUCAACGUCAUCACCGUUAGUAGGGAAGAUUUGGCGAAACUCAUGAGAACAUCUUCCCCUAUAGUCAAAUUCGAUGCCGCGCACUCCGAUCAUCCAUCCUUUUCACUGUACGAUAGUCCCCAUUUCCGUGCCAUAUCCGCUUUCAUGAAUCCGCCACUCCCCAGCUCGAUUAAAUCGCGCGCGGAUCUGAAAGACGGCGAACCUCGUAGGCACCACGUGAGACACAUAUCUCACGAUCUCGAUACCGAAACGAGCAAGUCCGACCAUGCCGAUCCCACUCUGGUAGCUUCUUCUUUCAAGGAAGGAAUCAUUCGCCCCUAUUCGAAUUGUUCUACCCUGUUGGGUUUACGGUCCCGUUAUAACGGCCUCGCCAGGACUCGACAGUUCGCGGGAAAGUGCGAAGAAUUUGACGACGUGUUGCCCGAGAUGCCAGAAGUUCUUGGACUCCCUCGAGGAAAAGGGGGAUCCGAUGAAUACGACGAACUAAGUUUAAACAAUGAUCCCAAUUUGUCCUUGGAAAUGUCGACCGAUGGUCACCACAAGAGUCAUAACGAAACGAAUUCCAGCGCCUUCGAGACGGCUUUAAACCAGUCAUCUUCGGCCAACGGUGGAUUGGUGUUCGGGGAUAACUCCGCCGCGAAAAUAGACGAGAGCGACACCUACGUAGACAUUACGAACCUGACUGUUCCUUCCAAAUCGUUAGACCAAAGUUACGAUAAUGUCAGCGAUGAUAACCAGAAUGAUUAUGUCGAAAGUGAUAGUCGUUCUUGGAGCUCAUUUGGGAGUUCUGAAGACGGAAUUGGAGGGCAAGGACAUUUUCUUGAUAAUGCUCGGUGUCAGGACCUAGUGAGAAAUGAAAAUAUUCCAGGAAAUGGAACCGGAAAAGCACCUAUUCCUAUCCACAUAUUUUCUGAUCCAAACAUCUUCAAUAAGUCUAGACAUACUAAAUCCCCACCCUGCCUGAGUAUAUCAGAUCUUAAAUCUAAUAGCCGUCCAGCUUUCCUUUCAAUCGAUGAACGUUAUCUUAGGGAAACGGGUAACGAUGGAAAGCCAAUCAAUAAUUUCGACCUUAAACUCAUUUCCUCCUUUUCCCAAAUCGAUAAAUCACUCUUCACGAAGACCAAUUUUGGUAUCGAUGACUCUCCCAAUGUCCUAAAUAAUCAUCCAGCAGUAAAUCUUGUCAGCAUUAGAUUCGGUUCAGGUCGAGGUUCUGACACGAAGAGGAGAAUUUACAUAUUGGAGAGCGAAGCUUCUUGUCAAUCUCUUUUGCGCUUGCUCGAAAAAUAUGUCAAACCGUCGCGCAGUGCCAACCACUCCAGAUACGAAUCCUAUUCUAUAGAUAAAGACGAAUCAGCUGUUACGUAUCUUCAGUGUCUCAAAUGCUCCCACAAACGUUUAAAGCCGCGAGAGUUUACGACCAUGAAUCCUUACAAGCUCAAGCAUUUCGAGUCAGACCCGGCCCAAAAAAUCUGCCCAAAAUGCAAGAGCGAUCUUAUAGUGGAAAUCGAAUCCUCCUCCUGUUCUACUCCUAUAGCCUCCUCUUCCGUGCCUAAGAAUAGGAUGUUUCCCUUGAUAUCUUUCUUGGGCAAGAAAAAUUCGGAAGACGUCGCCAACCCGAGCAAAGGUAGCGUAGAUCCUAGCAGCGACCAAAAUAGUUUGGGCGUCGUAAUACGCAGCAGGAGCCGGAGUGCUUCCAUUGGUUCCUGCAGCUCGGCCCAUUCCGCCUCUAAAUACGUCGAAUGAUUGAUGGUGCUUUAAAAAGAGAGAAAAUUUAUCAGCUGUAUGCGUUACGCUACAUGAUGAUUAUUUGAUUUCUUAAUUUUAUCGAUCCAUAGUUGGACAAGAUUAUUUAAAAUCGGUUUUUUUUUAACAAACAAACAAGUCGGAUAAUAUUACCUUUAUUUUUUGCCCUCCAUUUUAUAUCAUAUUAUAUUCACCAAAUUUCCUACCAAUAAUUAUUUAUAUUUUUGUGAAAUAUAUUUUUUUUAUUAUUAUUAUAAAUGCAAUUCCUGAAGGAAAAUCUUAUAAGUCCAAAAUAUUCUAAAAUAUAUAUUUAAAUCACAUAGUUUUAAAAACUUUAUAAAUUAAUAUAAAGUAGUUUAAUCAUUUCCCCUUAAUUUUUUUUUUUUUUUGAAAUCUCUAAAAAAAAUAUAUAUAUAUUUAUAUAUACUAACAAAUAUAUGAAAAACACAUCUUUAAAAAACUCAAAUCAAAUUUAUGUUUUUUAAAAAAAAAAUUAUUUUAAUAGAGGAGAUAUAAUAAUUUUUAUAAUUCUAUAAUAAACUUACUUAUUAUAUAAAAAUCAAAAAAUAUUUGAUAAAUUUUUUUAUUAAUCUAAAUUAUACGAUGGGCAUUAUGUAACGGCACUACCUAAACUGAUCAUUCAUUCAUUUAAAGGUGUAUCAAUGCGCAAUCAACUGAUAACGCUAAUUUUUGGUUUUCCCCACGUGUAAAUUAAUUUAUAUUUUAUGAAAAAAAUUCGUGCGAGAAAAUCAAAAUGGCGUCACCAGAUGAUUCAUUGAUUUAAAAUUAUCAGUUUAGUUAGGUGUUGUAUGUCGUCAGUCAUUGCUUUUUAUGAUAUGCGGGAUAUGAGCACACAAUAUUAUUUAUUUUAUAGUAUCUCCGAUAUCAAUAUUUUACAAACCAAUUUAAAGGUCUACUAUACAAUUAUUAUAACUAUUUAUAUACUGCGCUUGAUUAAAAA